GGGCGCGCGCGCUGCGAGGAGCGAGAGCGCGCAUGCCCGUGUCCCGCAUUGUUUGGAUCAGCUGUGCGUGGAUGUGAAACCCCACCCAAUGAGGAAGGACGAGCCGUGAGCAGCAGAUCCGGACCACGACAGCACGAGCCCCGCAGCCGAACCCGCACCAUGAUCGCGUUAUUCAACAAGCUGCUGGACUGGUUCAAGGCCUUGUUCUGGAAGGAGGAGAUGGAGCUGACGCUCGUCGGCCUGCAGUACUCGGGAAAAACCACAUUCGUCAACGUGAUUGCGUCGGGUCAGUUCAGCGAGGACAUGAUCCCUACGGUCGGCUUCAACAUGCGCAAGAUCACCAAGGGGAACGUCACCAUCAAGUUGUGGGACAUCGGCGGUCAGCCGCGCUUCCGGAGCAUGUGGGAGCGAUACUGCCGCGGCGUCAGCGCUAUAGUGUACAUGGUGGACGCGGCGGAUCCGGAGAAGAUCGAGGCGUCGAAGAACGAGCUGCACAACCUGUUAGACAAACCGCAGCUGCAGGGAAUCCCAGUUCUGGUUUUGGGCAAUAAGCGAGAUCUUCCUGGAGCUCUGGACGAGAAGGAGCUCAUCGAGAGAAUGAACCUGUCGGCCAUCCAGGACAGAGAGAUCUGCUGUUACUCUAUCUCCUGUAAGGAGAAGGACAACAUCGACAUCACACUACAGUGGCUGAUCCAGCACUCACGGACCCGGCGGAGCUGAGGAGGCGGAGCUGGCGUCUGAUUGGAGGAACCGCAUCAUGUGAUCAACUGUAUUUUAGGCGCUCUUGAUUUCAUUCUAAACAAACAAGCAUCCGCCCCUCCUUCUAUUCUUAUAAACUAAUUCACAUCAUUUACAUUGUUUAUUUUUGUUUUUACUUGAAUGUGCUUUUUUACGGUUCAUCAUGAAGUCCGGACGUGUCACAUGACGCGUUCUGCGUGUUUUUGCUCGAAGACUUGAUCAAACCUCAACCGACGCCCACAGCAUUUGUCAGAACCAGCGCUCUGUGGUCACGUGAUUCGCGGCGGUCCAUUUUACGCCGCCAUCUUGUUUUAACGUUUUUCCAACGUUGUGAGAACGUUCCACAUGCUCUCCGUACAUUCACUGGGAGAAUUCACCGAUUUUAACUAUUUUAGCAUCAUUAGCCUGUUAGCGUGACCUGGUGCUGGCGUCGUUCCUACGGAUUUGACAUCAUCAGAAAAGUGACGUAAACGGCUUUGUUGACAUUAACGGUCACUUACGAAGUCAACUUUUAGUUGUCUAACAAAGUUUGCGACUUUAUUAUUAAGUCAAUUUAACAAAGUUGACUUUGACAAAGUCCUUUACAAAGUUGUUUAUAACCUGCUUGGUGGCGAAUGUGACAUCAUCUAGGUUUGCGCUAAUCGCGUAACAUUACGAAAUCUCGUUUUAACAGAAAGCACACAAAUCCGUCGGAAAGAGUUUAACGUGUCCAGGUGAAGGUUUUAUAUGUUUCCUCCUAGUCGCCGUAACGACAGCAUUGUGUCAACGACAUCGGUGGGUUGUCAUGGCAACUGCAUUCCCAUUGCGUCAAGUUUUAGGAACGUUAGUCCACGAACGUUGUCAGUGUUUAGAGGAAUAUUUGAUCGCAAUACAGUGUCAGAUGACGAACGUUGAUUGGUCUAUAUCAGACCCGCAGAUCGUUGCGCAAAUAAAAACAGCGGAGAUGUGACGAAUAACGUGCAGAUCUCCUGCUGACGUCCAGUGUUGGUUCUGAUCGCUGUUCAUAUCGGGGAGAGACAAAGGUUUUUUUUCCGCUUAAUUUUGUUUCAUUUUUUUGUCGCGUAUGUGGAUGUUUUGGCCUAAAUCAUAACGAUUUAUAAACGUGUCGGUUGAUUAUACAUAUGUAAAUUUACAUAUUUUAUCAUUCUUUUGGUUGUUUUUAGCAUGUUUUUACUCAUGUUUUUUUCACAGUGUUUUUCAACUGGAUUAUGUAAAUAGCAACUUAAACCAAAUGAGAUCUCCCUCCUGAGCGUUACGGUGUUUGUCCUGUGAUUAGCUUCCUAUGAUGAUAAUAAUAAUAAUAAUAAUAAUAAAGAAGACCCCACUCAUAUUCACAGCAAUCUGAACAAACGGAUUGUGUGUGUGUGUGAAUGUGAAUGUGUGAGUGAUUGUGUUUGUGUGCACGAAUGCCGUCAUAUAGACUAGAAUAAUAUUUACUUUCUAAAUGCAGCAGGUUUAUUCGGUUGAUUUUUCGCAACUGCAAAUCAUUUUAUAUUCAUCUCCACUAAUGUUUUGAUUUGUCAUGAUUUCAUAGGGUGUGCGUCUCAACCUCGUCUACACAAGAGCAAACGACGCAAUGUGACAAAACGGUGAUAAUCAACAAAGCUACACUGCUAGCAUAGUUAGCUAGUUACGAAGUUGACUUUGACGCAACAAAGUUCACACGAUUACCCUGGUUACGAUGGUAACCAUAGUUACAUAAGUUAUUUACACUACAAUACAACUGCUAACUUGCUAUUAGCAUCAUUGUCAUUGAAAAGUGACGUAAACAACAUUAAAAGUCAUUUUACGACUUGUAGUUAUUUAACGAAGUUGUGCGUUUGUGACAUAGACAACUUAAUAUAUAAUGAAUUUGACUUUACCGAGUCCUUUACGAAGUCACCUUUUUUUUUUUGCAAUUAUGUUUUUUACGUCAAAUUUGUUGAUUGUUACAUUCAUAAUUCAGUAUGUUUUAAUCAAGUGGUGAAGCGGUUUGCAAGAAAACAAUAUAGUUACGCAACAAAUUUGUAAAUUACUUUUUCAAAAUUGACUUUUUUUCAGUGUGCAUUUUACUUAUUUAAUGAAAUUCGCCCUGUGACAGACUUUACGAAGUCCUUGUUACGUUCAUAAUUCAGUACGUUUUAAUCAAGUGGCGAAGUGGUUUGCAAGCACACAUCUUAGCUACGCAACAAGAAGUUCGUAAACGACUGUUGAAGUUGACUUCGUAAUAACUGUUUUAAUAACUUUGUCGAAGUUGACUUUAAAAAAAACAAAAAAAACCCACUCAUGUUAGUUAUUUAACAAAGUUUUGGGCUUGCGACCGAUAACUUUAUUAUAAUGAAGUCUAUGUAAUGAAGUUGACUUUACAAAGUCAUUUAUGAAGCCAAUUUUUGUUAUUAAUGGAUUUUUUUUGAAAGUCAACUUUGUUAGUAAUAUCGAAGUCAUUUGCGGAGUCGAACUAACUCAUAAUUCACUUCCUUACAAUCAAGUGGCAAAGUGGUUUGCAAGCACACAUGUUACGUAACACCAAGUUCGUAAAUGACUUAGUUCACUUUGCAAAAGUCGCUUACGAAGUCAAACUAAUGAAAUCAACUUUGUUGAUUAUAACAACAAUUUACGAAGUCAUCCUAAUGAAGUUAUGUUCAUAAUCUAUUAGCAAACUGGUUUCACAACUUUGCUACGUGACUUUGUUGGGUUCGUAAAUUCGUAAUGACUUUGACGAAGUUGACUUUUAAAAAAUAGAAUGCAUUUCAGUUAUUUAACGAAGUUGUGCACUUGCGACAUAGACAAUUUUAUUAUAACGAAGUCGAUGUAACGAAGUUGACUUUACGAAGUCACCUUAUUUUGUCUCGAAUAGAUUUUUUGAGAGUCAACUGUUGAUUGUUACAUUCGUAAUUCAGUAUAUUUGAAUUAAGUGGCGAAGUGGUUUGCAAGCACACAUCUUAGCUACGCAAGAAGAAGUUCGUAAUGACUGUUUUAAUAACUUUGUUGAAGUUGACUUUUUAAAAACAAACAAACAUGCAUUUUAGUUAUUCAACGAAGUUGUGUGCUUGCGACUGACAACUUUAUUAUAAUGAAGUCGAUUGUAACGAACUUGACUUUACGAAGUCUUUUUACGAAGUCACCUUAUUUUGUUUAUAAUAGAUUUUUUUGAGUAGGCUUUGUUGGUAAUAACAAAGUAAUUUGCAAAGUCGACCUAACAAAGUUAUAUUUAUAAUUCACUUUAUUACAAUCAAGUGGCAAAGUGGUUUGCAAGCACACAAAUUACGUAACAGCAAGUUCGUAAACGACUUAGUUCACUUUGCAAGAGUAGCUUACGAAGUAAAACAAACGAAGUCAACUUUGUUGAUUAUAACAACAAUUUACAAAGUCAUCCUAAUGAAGUUAUGUUCAUAAUCUAUUAGUGAACUGGUUUCGCAACUUUGUUACGUGACUUAAAUGACUUUGCUCACGCCAACUUUGUAAAAGUCACAAUCUAACCAAGCUGACUUUGAUUAUAAUGUCGUGAGCGCUUUGUUUGAUUAUAACGAUCUGAUUGCCGUUUUGUCAUCUUGCGUGUUUCGACAUUUGUUUUUCUGCUGCUCAUGUUUACUCCUGUCAUCAGUUCAUCUGGACUCUCAUGAUCGUCUGUAUGUGUGUUGAUUUAAUUAUUUUUUUAAUGUCUAAUUAAAUGUGGCCAUAAUGUUUGUUUUGAUAUGUCAUUGUUUUAAUUGUUUGUAGCAGAGGCGCUCUUUUGUUUCUUGGGGAAUCAUGCGACUUCACACUGAUGUCCCGCUGCAUGACUCAUUAGGAGAUGGAGCAGGUUGCCAUGGUUACUGUAUAAUUCAAGUUGUGAUUGGACCGAGCGUGAUGUUCUUUUUUCCCCUCUUUAUAUGGACCAGACAGUAACUUUUUACAGCAGUCAGUCACAUAACAAGUGUUUCUGUACAAGACUCCAUCAGUUGAGUUGUUCAUUUGGGAUCUUUCUAUUCUCUCGUACUCGCGGUGAUAACUGUACAUGUUGUUCUUGUUAUUUACAGAUUAUUUAAAAAUGAAAUUAAAUGAUUUCCCUAUCAGAA